UGUCCAUUGGGCUUCGAAAUGUUGCUUUGUAACAAUUAAGGGCUGCCAAUUUUUGUAAAGAAAAUGAAUUACCAUCCUGAAAUUUUGGCUUGGAGGCCCGCAUCUGAGCCCCUGCUCCCUGCUGUAGAUCUGUCUGCAGAGAUACAAAUCACUAUGACAACACAGAUGAGACAUGACUGGUAUUGCCCUUAUAUAAAGAGGCAGAACAUACGUUGGUGUCUUCAGACCGGAAGAUCUCUGGCCAGCGAGAGGUUGCAGUCGACAGAGCCGCGGGUUUGCUUCCAGAUCGGCGCUUGAGCACACAGCACUCGACUCAACAAGAACUGACAGAGCCAUGAAGAAAUCUGUUAGCCUAAGUUGGAAUUUAACAAUGAGAAACUGCUACUCGUUUGGUUUGCCGGUGAUAAUGGCGAUCACCAUACUCAUGGUCCUCACGGCUUGCCCCAGUGCCAUCUCGGCGGAAGAAACGGGAACUAAUUUCUUCUUGAAGGCGUCCAAAAGUGUCCCUCGAAUAGGAAGACGCAGCGAAUAUGAUAAUUUUUUCCUGAAAGCGUCGAAGAGUGUUCCAAGGAUUGGACGACGUCGUGAAAUGGCUCCUCUUACUGAGGGACGAGAUUUGGUGUCUUGGCCAUGGCCCCGAGGAGCCGACAUAGUUCCAGGUCUGUCUCGUCGUUCCAACUACUACCUCCACGAAGAAGCUCAGCCAUUAUCAUGGAAUUCAGUGGAAAAGACGAUGGAAGAAAGACCGGAAUUGUGGAAGCCUGACCUCUGGAGCAAGAACAGCGAACCCUUUCCGCUGAAAGACGAAUACGAUUUGGAGUCCGUUGUCCGCAGGUCACCCGGACGUUCUGACAGCGCCAAGGACAUCGAGGAGGCUCGAAGCCGAGCUGAAGUUUAAUUCUCAGAGCUCAUCCGGGUUCUCCUGUGGAUACAGUUCAGAGAGAUAUUUAUAUAUAAUAAUAUUAUUUAUCAAUUAACACUAAUAUAUAAACUGUUUUAUAUCACUUAAUAUAUUUAUUAAGCACUGUAAAUUAAGAUUUUAUAACAGGUUGAUACAGCAGUAUAAGAGACACGUGCGGCAGGAGCAGAUUCAUAAAAGACCACAAGGCCAAUGUACUCUGCAAGUACAAUAACAGAAAGAUUAAGUCAAAACAAUAAAGAACUGAGUAGCUUUAGUCCGCAAGCAAACUAUACCGAUCGAGCGACCGCCACUUGU